AUGAUAUCAGUUGCCUUGCUUGCAUUAAGUUGCAUACUUAUGGCUAUAUACACAGCCGAUUUAGCAUCGUUUCUUACAGUGCGACGUACUAAUCCACCUAUUUCCGGCAUUGAUGAUAUCAAAAAUGGCCGUUUACCUUUCCAUCGUGUCGGAAUUGUGAAAAAUACAUCUAUUAUCGACUAUUAUAUCCAGAAUGUGUCAGAUGUUUAUUAUCGUCUUGAAAAUCCACAAGAUAUUUAUUUGGCUCUGAUCGAAAAUCGCAUCGAUGCCGCACUAUUUGAGGGUGCAGCGCUUCAAUAUGUAAUCGAUCGAAACUAUUGUGGUCGUUUGUCGUUAGUUGGUGUCGGGUUUGCUAAAUCAUGGUUUGGUAUUGCCAUGAAAAAAGAUUGGGAAUACAAAGCCGAUUUUGAUAUGAAUAUAUUGUCAGUACGUGAAGAAGGUCUAAUUGAAAAAAAAUGGUUUUUAAAGCGAUCCUGUAACAGUGAUGUC